AUGUACAAAUUAAAGUCGGUGUACAUUUUGUUUAUUCUCUUCCGUUUUUUUUUAGCUUCUGAAGAAAAUCGUCAGAGUCCCCGCAUAGUAGGCGGAUAUCCGACUGAUAUUUUUAACGUACCAUAUAUAGUAUCCUUGCAGCUAUACGGCAACCACCAUUGUGGCGGCUCAAUAGUAAAUAAUCGUACUAUUGUAACAGCGGCCCAUUGCCUUGCCGGCAUACCGCGACGCCUGCUAAAAGUCAAAGUUGGUGGAUCAACGCGUUCUCCUACAGAUGGACAACUAUUCUCGGUUGCUUCAAUUCAUUACCAUGAAAAAUGGUCUGCCAAGUCAAUGGAUUAUGACAUUGGAUUAAUACGAUUAGUCAAUGAGUUGAAAUACUCCAGAAAAGUAAAAGCUAUUGGGAUGAAUCAUAGAAAGAUAGCCGAUGGCUCAUUUGCAACCAUUGCCGGAUGGGGCUUUACAACUGCAGACGGUGCCAGUACACAAGUUUUACAUUUCGCCCGAGUGCCAAUUGUCAAUCAGACAGUUUGUAGAAAUUUACUCGGAAAUAGAGUUACGGAACGUAUGAUUUGUGCUGGAUAUAUAAAUAAUGGGGGUGUGGAUGCCUGUCAUAUGGACUCUGGCGGCCCCUUAGUAGUGAGAGAGGAAUUGAUUGGCAUUGUGUCAUGGGGAAUUGGAUGUGCAUUAAAGAAAAAGCCUGGAGUCUAUGCACGAAUUGAGACUUUGUCAAUUUGGUUAAACAAUCUUAUGAAAAAACUGAGCACUGAAAAGGAUUAACAAUAUCAACAAUUAUCAUAACGCAAAUGUAAAAAAAUUUAGUGUAAUCAAAAGAAGAGCAAAGAAUAAGAGAAUAA